ACAGUUCAAACAAACGCAUUUCACAGCGCAGUCAUCUGACAAAACAAACUACAGUUUCGGUGAUCGUCAGACUGAACAAACGUCCUUUUUAUUUUGUAAAUUUGUAAAGCAACAAAAAAAAACUUAUAAAAAUGAAAUUCUUGAUCCUUUUGGCUUUGGUAGCUUCGGUGGCUGCUCAUCCUGGUUACUUAGGUGGUGGUGGUUUAGGUCAUGGUUAUGGCGGUGGUUUUGGUAUUGGUAUUGCUGCUGCUCCCUCUAUAAGUUAUGCAGCUCCAGCUAUAAGUUAUGCGGCACCAGCGGUUAAGGCUGUAGCUGCGGCUCCUGCUAUAUCAUAUGCUGCUGCUCCUGCUAUUUCGUAUGCCGCUGCUCCUGCUAUCUCCUAUUCUGCACCUGCUAUUUCUUAUGCUGCCCCUGCUCCUGUUGCUGUUGCCGCUCCAGCUCCUGUGGCCGUAGCUGCCCCUGCUCCCGUAGCUGUUGCAGCCCCUGCCCCCACCAUAGUUAAAUCUGUUACCCCUGCUUCUACCAGUUAUUCUACCAUCAGUACUGUCGUCAAUCAUCCAGCCAUUAUUAGAACCGUAGCUGUAGCAGCUGCUCCUGCCGUUAAGGUAGCAGCGGCACCAGUGGCUGUUGCUGCCCCUGCUCCUGUUGCCGUGGCUGCAGCUCCUGCCAUCUCCUAUGCUGCCGCUCCCGCCAUUUCCUAUGCACCCUCCAUUUCCUAUUCAGCACCCGCAGUAUCCUAUGCUGCCGCUGCUCCCGCCAUUUCUUAUGCUGCUCCUUCCUUUUCUUAUGCUGCUCCAGCCGUUUCUGCCGUCAAAGUAGCUGCUGCUCCCGCCAUUUCAUUGGGUUAUGGUCAUGGUUUUGGUUAUGGUGGUGGUUUUGGUUAUGGUCAUCAUUAAUUUUCUCAUUUUUCGAGAAAAUCCUCAAAACUGGAAACUUAUUGAAGCCGCCGAUCGCUCCCUACAUACAUAAAUAUAUAUACUCCACAGCCCAACCCCUAAUGCUUUACGAAUUUAGUCAUUUGAUGUUAAAUCAUUAAGGAUUUCAAUUAAUUAUACUCAUCUUAAUUUUAAGUCUUAAACGGGCAAAAACGAAAAACAUCUUUGCCCCAAAAUUUAGCAGAAAGAAUCAAAUCAACUUGUAUUUAUUAUUUUUUAAGCACUAAUUUUAUUUGUUUCCUUUUUAAAAAUAACUGCCACUCAAUUUUCUUCUAACCAUACAUAUAUGGUCUAUACAUAUGUAUUUUAGUUGAAUGAAUUAAUCCCUCAUUCAUAUAUAUAUUUUAUAAGAUGGCAAGGAAAAAAGUUCAAAAUACUUUUGUUGUGAUUAUACAUAUUUUAUGUAUAAAUUUAGAUUACAUUUUUGACCAAAAAAGAGAAUAACGCUUUAGCAAAAUUUUAUUAAAAAAACAAAGAUAAAAUAAAAAGUUUGCAACUUUUUUCAUAAAAAA